AUGCUUCGCGCGCAACUCCACCAACAAAUAUGUAGACAGGUCGCAGGACGGUCCUCUGUCCUGGUCUCUCUGGCUACGCCCCUCGCGACUACUCGCCGAACCUUUUCCACCACACCGAACCCCUUUAACGCGUUGACAAGCGAUGCUGCGAAAGCUGCUGCAACUCCGCAUCCAACUGUUGGGAAGGGCCAGACGCCACAACGAGAGAGUUCCGCAGACGGAGCAAUAACGCAGUCAACGCCGGUCACCACGGUGCCCACUAUGAUCAGAGGCGAUUGGGUCCUCUUUCACCCUGUUUAUACGCCCGAAGAAUUGAAGGCGGUGCAGAUUCUACACAAAGAGACAAAAACCAUGACAGAUAAGAUUGCAUACGGUCUUGUCAGAUUGGCCAGGGCUGGGUUUGAUUUCGUUUCGAGAUAUAAGCACAAACCCCUUCCUCCUAGCCAUAACAUGACCCUGCAAGAGCUUCGCAACGAAGGUUACCUCCUGGAUCAGAAUGCAUGGCUCAACCGAAUUCUAUUCUUGGAGACGAUCGCAGGCGUGCCCGGUAUGGUAGGUGCGACCUUGCGGCAUCUACAAAGCCUACGUUUAAUGCUGAUUGGUAGCAAACCAUAUCCUCCACAGAUCCACACUCUUUUAUCGGAAUCGGAAAACGAGCGGAUGCACUUGAUGACUUUCAUGACUUUGAGGCGGCCUACACCAUUCUUUAGGGCAUUAGUUCUCGGUGCACAGGGUGUUUUCUACAACUUGCUUUUUAUGACAUACAUCGUCUCACCUCGAGCUUGCCAUCGCUUCGUCGGAUAUCUUGAGGAGGAAGCUGUCAUCACUUAUACUCGCUGCAUACAGGACCUGGAAGCAGGCCGAAUCCCUGAAUGGGAGAAUGAACCUGCACCCGAGAUUGCCAUCGAUUACUGGCGCCUGCGCCCCGAUGCCAAAUUACUCGAUGUUCUCUACGCUGUUCGAUCCGAUGAAACGACACAUCGAUUCGUCAACCACAGUCUUGCCGACCUGAAUACAACAACGGACGUCAAUCCUUUUGCAUUCAGGGAACCGGAUAUGCAUGUUAAAGGGAACAAGAUUGGAUUCGAGCGUUCGGAGUCGGAGAAAUAUGUCCAGGAAUCUCAUGAUCUAUAUCUUCAAGAAAAGCAGAAAGUCGCGACGAUCAUGAGCACCAUCGCUUGCAGUGGUCUGCUCGGCCUGCCCACAGAGAUACUUCUCGCCAUCACAUACCAACUAGACCUCCCCGAAAUUGUUGCCCUUAGUAAGGUGAGAGGUACACAUUUCGAUCAUCCCGACAGCCCCACCUCUAAAUAUUUCGCCUCUACGGGGCAGACGUCUAUUGCCGCCAAUUUACUGACGAGGGAUCGCACUAUAUGGCUGCACCUUUUCCAAUCCAUAAAGAAAUCUCAACAACCCUUACCCCAACUCAUCAGCACAUAUGAAGAUGAUCUAUCUGUAGAAGAUCUGGAGUUGAUUGUGCAUUCUACGCAGAGCACUGCGAACCUCUGGGCGAGACCACGACUGCCCCGGCCGCUAAUAUACAAUCACUUGGAAGCAUCCACCGUCGUCAGCUUGGAUUUUUUCUUGGAUAGAUGGUUACUUUCCAUCCAUCUAGAAGGGCUUGUAUAUCUCUGGGAUUCCUCGGCCAGAGGGAGCCCUUCACCCAUUUUAAAUUUUAGCCUCAAUUCAAGAGGUUGGGACAUUUCGACCUCGCAAUACGAUGUGAAAUCACAUAGUAUCAUCUCGGUUAUCAGUGCUCAGGAUGGGUUACAUUUCCGGAUAUACCGAAUACCCUUGCCCAAAUCUGUAGAGGAACAACCGGGUCCUGCAGAACUACUACGUAGCUUUGAAGGACGAAGACAGUUUCUUUUGAAGACCAUCGACGCUGACCGUUCUCUUACCGUCUUCGUGCGAUCAAAUCGGGUGAAAGUUGUCUAUUGGGGUGACUUCGAUGGGUCUAGUCCACUCUCCCAAGCAGAGGCACCCAGGAUGGCACGCCUAUCCAUUGCUUACAAUGAUACUACGGAAGAUUUGUUAGAUGGACUAGUGACAGUUCGCAUCUUUGGUCCUUACCUCUUGGCCUUCAGAGUCCGUAGUCUCGGGGUAUACGCCUUGCCUCUCCGACAGGGGGACGCGGAUCACCUUCUGUACAAACACAUGUUCUCUCUGAACGCUUUCAAGAACAUCUGUAUCUCCACCGUCGAGAUUGUCAGCGAAACGGCCGAGCCUUUUGACCUCCGUAUACAAUUCACUUUCCUGGCGUACGAUGUCCUCCAAGGCCUGUUCAUGUAUGAAGUUUGCAUACGAGCCACGUCGGAUUACUCCAUAACACCUAUGGUGGAUUUAACUCUUAUAGGCGUAUAUCCUCUCGCACACAUCAUUAAUGCCAUGACACCUCCGACUAUGGCGCAUCUGGCCCCCUACCCUACUUCAUCCCCGAACACUAGCCCCUCGCGUGGCGCACCCACCCCUACCCCUACCCAGACGUCGUUCGGAUAUAGUGUAUCCCAAGCUGCUAGAGGGUUCAUUAGCUCGUAUGCGCUGGGCACCCAAGGACGACGCGCAAUUUGGAUCGAGAGGAGCAGAGGAAGUACGACAAGGGACUUCAUUGUGUGGAGCAAGGCGAUCGAUCCUUUGGAACAGCCUCGUACUAUAGAGAUAAUGCGGAGAGUCAUCCACACAAUUGGAUCGUAUGACUUGAGAGACGAUGUGACCUGCUGUGCGUUGGCGGAGGCAAGCGGUCGGAUUGCCUUCGCGAAUCGUGCCGGCAACAUAUUUUUGAUACCCGCAAUUCGUCAGUGGGACCGCAUGGAUGACCUUAUAGCUCGUCUCUCGGCGAGAUCAAUAUAG